AUGCAGCGCUUCCACUCAGACUUCUUUUACAGGGGCGAACGAUUCUUCUAUCCCAGGCCAGUCACUGGUCAGAGCACUCGUCCUACCUAUGAUUGCAAAUGCGGUGAGAGAUAUGGCUCCCGAAAGGCCUUAAUACAUCACACCAUACAAAAUCAUGAUGCUGACGUACCAUGCUUUGCUUGCAAUCAGACAAUAGCAUCUCUCUCGCAAUUGAUGGAGCAUAUCAAAACAGAACACGAAAAAGCUCUAAUUGUAUGUGUCUACUGUAAGUCUGUUUUCGGAAAAGCCAACGACAUGACCGAAAACCAAUGGAAGCGGCUCAAAACACAUAUGUAUGGAGAACUUGUGUACGCAAAGCUAGCCGAGAUGGAGGACGACUAA